AUGGAAAGUCGUAAUAGAAAUUUUUUUUCUGUGAUAUUGCUUUGCAUAUUUCUGAUGAUAAUUUCUGCAUUGGUUGGAUUCUAUUUAAGGAAUUUGAUUACUGUAAAUUCUGAAACGUCUUCACAAUCAGUUAUAAUGAAUAUGGAAGUGACAACAGCUCGAAUUGUUCCUGAGAAGAAUCAUGAUGGGAUUAUGCAGGCGCCUCUUGGAACUGUCAUUGAUAUUGCAAAAGAAAUUCCAAAAUUCUUCUUUCUGUUGGGAUCUAAAUUGCUAAUUCGUCAGGAAGAAAAUACAUCAAUAGUAACAAAUGUGUUCUCAGUAACUGAGCAGAAUUGA